AUGAUCGGGUUGUUUCUGAAUAAUACCCUUAAUCCAUGUGGUUUAGGUGGAAACUUUUUUUCUUUCCGCAAUGUGCGCCUAUUGUCGAUGUUAGGAACAUUGAGACCUUCUGAAGGAGCAGUUAAAAAAUAUAGAAGGGUGGGUAGAGGUCCUUCAAGUUCUAAAGGUAAAACUUCAGGUAGGGGUCAAAAAGGUCAAAAGGCGCGCGGUAAAGUGAAAUCAUGGUUUGAGGGUGGUCAAACUCCACUGUACAAGUUAUUUCCGAAAAUUGGGUUUACCAAUGCCAAUGCAAGACCACUUAAAGAAUUGAGUUUAGAGAAAAUUCAAUGGUUUCACAGUGUGGGAAGACUUACUUUGAAAGAAGGAGAAGUUCUUGAUAUGAAAAAAAUGAGAGAUGUCGGACUUGUGACCGGCUCGAUUAAGCAUGGUAUUAAAAUAUUAGGCAAUGGUAAGACAAGUUAUAAUCUUCCAAUCAAGAUUGAGGCCUCGAAAGCUACCUCAGAAUCCCUCAAGGCUAUAGAAAGUGCAGGCGGGGAUUUCACCGCUCGAUACUAUAACAGGUUAGGCUUGAGAGCACAUUUAUCACCCAACUGGUUUCUGAAUAAAAGGGGAAGAAUUCCAUUACAGGCAAGACCAACCAGAAGAAAAGAUAUUGAAUAUUACAGUGAUGAAUCUAGGAAAGGUUAUUUAGUCAAGGAAAGUCAUGACUUGUUACAGCAAAUUGAUGAAGCAAAACGAAGCGGUGCUUCAAACAUUGCAAGGAAAGCAGGCAAGAGGAGUGCACUUAGAGCACAACUAGACGAUAUCACAAAAGAUAUCUCGUAUAGCAGCUCCACACCAUUCAAUAUCGACUCAAAUAUAAUGACAAUGGAAGACUUUAAACAGUUGAAGAGUAAAUAG